AUGAUCGACGACGGAUUCGAGCUCAAUGAACUAGAAAGUUUUUUGGGAUUCGGCGGUGCGACUCAAUCGAACGAGGAUCAAAUUCUCCUAACGUUCACUGAUAAAAAUCAGUCCAAUGAGCAAGACAGUCUUCUGACGUGGACGGAUGAAGAUCCGUCGACUGUACCAGACAGUUCAUUGAACAGUAGCGAUGAAGUUGAAGACAUUGAAGAAGACAGUCUUCUAGGUAAAACAAAUGACUCCAUCUUUAUCUUCAUGAAAUCAUUAUGUAUGAAACAAAUAACUAAAUUCGAUUUUGAUUUAGAGCCGCCCCGAAAGCGAACAGAUAUUUAUGUUCGAAAUGAUGGUCAACUUUUACACGGUCAAGAUGCGGCUGAUGAACGUAAACGAUCGAUUGCAAGACGAAAAGCACUGGAUUUACAAAAAUUAGUGGAAGCAAAAGGGCAAUCAUUCGAAAGUAAACAGAAAAAACCGUCCAUGUUUUCCGUCAACGUUUUGAAAACCUCUGCGAUUGGUGCCUCUACACACGCGUUCGCAUCAACGUCAAAAGGUCACUUUAACGCAUUGACGGCUUAUGCCAAAGGCGCGAAUGCAAGCGCCAGUGCAGCAGCCGAAGGAGCCUCUAUUUCAGUAGCAAAUGCACACGCCACUGGUACCAACGCCUUAGCUUCCGCAUCGGCUGUCGGAGCGCGUGUUACUACAUUCGAUGCGAGCGCAACCGGUGCUAAUGGUUCGGUUUCUGCAUCGGCUUCUGGAGCACGUGUUAACGCAUUGAAUGCGAGCGCAGCCGGUGUGAGCACACAUGUCAGUGCGAACGCCGAUGGAGUGAGUGUUGCAGCUGGAAAUGUUAGUGUAACUGGAGUAGAAGCUGCAGCAUCUGCUUCCACUUCAGCAGCCAGAUUUACUGUCGGUAACGUCGAUAUAACUGGAGCUAGUGCUGGCGCCAGUGUAAAAGUCAACGGAACCGGUGUUAAUGCUUUCAAUGUCUGUAUCGGUGGUCCCAGUGCUGCUGCUUCUGUCAGUGUCGAUGGAGCCUUAUCCUUCGGCAAUGUCAACUUUGGUCUUCGGCCAUGUCUGGACAUCGGAGUCGGAUUAAAUUUCGGAAUUCCGUUCUUAAGUGGUUCAAGGCUUGGAGGUGGUGGCGGCGGCGCUGAUAACAGCAAUGGCAACGUGAACAACAAUGGUGAAGGCACUAAUAACAAUAACGAUGCAGAUACUCAUAACAAUAAUGGUGGUGGUAAUGGCGCCAAUCAAGGCGGAUUAGCAGGACUUCAACAGCGUUUGUUAGAGAAGUAUCCGAAUCAACGAUACUAUGCAAAACCUGUCGAUUAUCCAAUUACACGUAAUACAGGUGGUGAACCAAUCAAUCCACUUUUACCAGAAGAUGGUACGCCACGUACUGACACCGAGAAUCCGAACGUUGACAAUGUUGUCAAUCGACACAACGAACUCGUUGAAGGCGGUAAUAAAUUCGUCGGAUUCAAAGGAUGUCCACCAACUAGUGCUGCGCCAUCGAAUCAACCAUCAACGAACAACAACACCGGUGAUGCAGCAAAAGCAGAUCCAGCUGAGGAAAAGAUUUGGAGUGGAAUGUACACUUCACCGUCGCCCGACGUCGCCAAAGGGUACGCUAACGAUGAUCUUGGACGUCCAGGUACUAUCAAUCGUGUUUAUGUGCCUGAAGAUGCUGCCAAACUCUAUUACACAAAUAUUGGACUGGAAACAGCACGCGGGGAAGGAGCACUGAGAGCAAUUAAAGAGCAUUCAAAUGGUAAAUACAUCUUCAGUGGUCCUCAAGACUCGAAGAAUCCUGAUUUAUUCGCUCCUGAAACAGUUAUUUCACCAGCUGUACGAAAUGAAACGUUAGCAGCUGGAAACAUGAAGUUUGAACCUUCGGCCCACGAGAUUGAUCGUUCUUCGUACCAAUUCAAGGAAUAUCAUAACCGAGAACUCAAAUGCUCAGAGAUGGUUCCCGAUUACAUCGUUGGUGUUAAAACUGCGGACGAUUGCGCAAGGAAUGGUAGUCGUGAACGUCUCGCUCACGUUUUUCAAGGCCGACCACCACAUGUUUCUGACAACGGUCCACCGAAAAAGAAAGAAUUGAGUGAAGAUGAUAAACUAUUGUUGGAAGAAUGCAGAAAAUUGGGAUUCGAAAUUCCUCCGGAUGAGUUGGAUGGAUUAAAGACGAACCUGAAAAGUGAUGAAGAAUACGAACAUGAAGAAGAUGCACAGAAUCAAGCCAGACAAACGAGUUCAGAUGCGAUCGCUAGUGGAAGCACUCGGGAACAAAAAGAAGAACAAGAACAAGCAGAAAGCGAAAACAACACACCAGAACUAUGUAAAAAUCAUCCUAGUAACGUUCGCUGUAUGAAAUGUAUGGGCGGCUCAUCCGGACCGCGUAUUCGUAAUCUUCAUGGUCAUAUAUUUGGUUUCAAUUUCAACAAAUAA